CACUGCGCCUUCUUCAAUAACCUGCGAGUCUCAGUGGUAUUGUGAUCCUACUUUUUGAUGUCUGAUGGUGAAUAUCUUCCUGAUGGUUCUUUAAUUGACUUAGCUAGAGUUGACUGGAGAGACGAUAUAUUACCCUUCGAAUUAAUUUUGCUUAAGCCUAAUUCACUUCCUGAUCCAGAACCGCAACCUCUUGGUUCUCAGAGGUUUACUGAGAUCCCGAAUUCAGACGUUUUUGAUAACAUUCGUUGGAAUGAGCUUGAUCUAGAUAGCCUGCUUUCCCAACUUAGUCUUCCGCCUUCUGUAUAAUCACUGUCACAGUCACAGUGUUCACAGCCUGUUUUAUUUUCUAAUAUGACAACAUGGUCAAAAUUAAUUUCUCGGGCUGAAAAUUUACUUGGUGGUCCAGCACCGUUUAUUAAUUUAGGCAUCAUAUUAUCUUCUGAAGCUGGUUCUUUAGCAUCACGAGCUCGGCGACUGGCAGGAAAUGUCAACCAUCCAUUUUUCUCAACCGUGCGCUCAUGUCUUCGAAGCGGACCCGUUAGUGACCUGUUUUCUAUUUCCUCUGGUCUGUCGGAUCUUUCUUCAACAACCGUAACAUCUGAACGUCCUUCCGGUGGGUUAAUUAUACUUCUGGUUGGCCAGUCGUAUGCUAGUCCCACUAACUCAACAAAAUUGUGUAGUCAACACCGAAGUGUUUCAGAAAUAUUCGAAACAGUUCACACUGCAUUAGCUAUUCACAAAAGUUUAGUCGAUUUAAAUGAUUUAAAUCAACAUACUGACAAUAAUGAAACAUGGUUAAAAAAUAUGGAAGUCUGCAAUAAAUUAGCAACUUUGUCUGGUGAUAUUCUACUUGCAUCCGUCUCAACCAGUUUAUCUAGAUUACAUCAUGCCAAAGUUGUCGAUGUUGUAUCCGAAGCAAUGGGAAGCACGUUAGAAGCGGAAUUUCAUGAAUUAGCUACGAAUCCAAUUGAAUCAAGUACUAAUAAUUGCAAUCACUAUAUUGAAAAUAGUAUCGAUAUCAACCCAAUUAUAAUAUCUAAUGAAAUAUAUAAACUAUCCAAAGAGAAAUGGCUCUCUUUUGUACAACUAUCACGUGGUGCUCUUUUAGGAAGUUGUUGUGAAGCUGCUUUGAUGCUUACUGAAAAGCAUAUAUCUAAUUCGUCAACUAUGUCAACAAGUAAAAUAAAUCCAGAUUGGAAUAAUUUUUCCUCGAUUGUAAAACGUUUUGGAUCAACAUGGGCUUGUUUGAUACGAUUGACGGAGGAGAGAGAACAUAUUCAACGUAUGUGGUCUAUCAAUCAAACCAAUGACGCUUAUUGGUCUAUAAAAAAAGAAUUACAAUAUGCCAAAAACAAUAUUUAUACAUAUCCAACAGUGAUUCCAUAUUAUUCAGAAUAUGGUUUAAAUGAACCAACAUUUGCUGAUGCCCUAUUACUGUCUUUAUCUUCAUCAAAAACACAUUAUAAACUCACUGAUGUGAUUCAUGAAGUCCUGUCAGAAUAUAAUCGAAUUGGACAUGAUUUAGCUGAGAAAUUACGUGAAUAUUUUAAUCAAAUUGUAUCAGAUACAGAACAAUUCAAUGCUCUCAUUAGUAACAUUGAUCCUAGUCGUUUCAAAAAAAUUAAUAAUUGUUCACUUUGUAUACAGUUGUUAGGUGAAAUGGUAGAUAAACUUAUUAGUGAUUGUAAUUGUGUGGUACAUGAAAAGUAGUUUAUUUUUUUUAUUUGAAUUGAAUAGAAUAAAGAAAUAAUGUAAACAGGUAA